GUUAGUAUUGUGCAGGUUGGUGGUAUUGUGCUUUGCAUCGAUCUAAAAUUAAGUUUAUUCAAUGUUAUGCUUUGUAAUCAUUUGAAUUACCGCUGAACGCAAUCACGGGCGAUCGUCGUGAAAUUUUGUUGCAAAGUCCUUUCAAACGAGAUGGCUGAAAAUCGCAGAGGGAAGGUUGCGAUUAUAGGGAGUGGUAUGAUUGGAAAAUCCUGGUCUGUGUUGUUUUGUCGUGCAGGCUACGAAGUCUACCUUUACGACAUUGAUGAAAAACAAGUGGAUAGUGGAUUAUCCGGAAUUCUUGAAUCCUUGAAGGAAUUCGAAAGCAAAGGGCUGCUAAAGAAUUCAUUCAUAAAGUCUGCAGAUGAUGCAUUUAAGUUAGUUCAUGGCUGUCUUGAUCUAGCGAAGACAGUUGAUGGAGCAAUAUAUGUUCAAGAAAAUGCGCCCGAGAAUGUAAAUAUCAAAAAGAAGGUUUUUGAAAAUCUCGACAAUGUGAUCAAAGAUGACCAGACAAUUCUCGCAAGUUCAUCUUCUUGUAUUGUACCAUCACGCUUUUCAGAACAUCUCAAUCAUCGUAAACAAUGCGUCGUUGCACAUCCGGUAAACCCACCUCACUUUGUCCCACUUGUUGAGAUUGUCCCCGCUCCAUGGACGGAUCCUGAUGUUGUCUCAAGAACUCGUUCAUUGAUGAAAGAUAUUGGUCAAUCACCAGUGACUUUAAACAAGGAAGUGGAUGGAUUUUUGCUCAACAGAAUACAAUAUGCAAUUAUAAUGGAGGGAUGGAGACUCGUCGAGGAUGGACUUUGUUCUCCUGAAGAUGUUGAUACAGUGAUGAGCAAGGGACUGGGUCUGAGAUAUUCGUUUAUGGGACCAUUUGAAACCAUGCAUCUAAAUGCUCCUAAAGGUUUGUGACAUUUAUAUUGAACG